AUGGAAAACAAGCAAUUAAAUCUUCGACUUGAAGUUACAAUAUAAGAAUUUUCAUCUGAUUCUGCUCUUCCAUUCUUUAUUGCAUUUCAAAUUAAAACAAGUAUUUACAAUUUGAUUUUUAAGAUCAUGAAACAAUAAAAACUAGUUCAUAUGAAAUAUGCAAAGGUUAGAAUCAAAUUAAUGAAACCAAUUUCAUUUCUUUUUAAGAUUCAUUCACAGACUAAAGCUAAAACUAUUUGGAACUUCUUCUUCUUAUGAAUAAUGAGUUUGUAGGAAGAAUAUAUUGUAAUUUAACCUAAUUGCUGAAUUCUUAACUUAAAUUUUAAUAUGAUAACGAUUCAUAUGUUGAAAUUGAAGAAGAUGUGUAAUUAAAUGAAAAUCAAAUGUUAAAUACUAAAAUAAAAUUAAGAUUAAAAGUGCUAAGUCCUAAUGAAGAAUUUUCUUAAAGAACAACUAUUAAUAUUGCAUCUUCUGAAAACUAAACUAACUAAGCCCUAAUUAUAACUUAAUUAAGAGAAGAACUUAAUCACUGGAAAUCUAAAUACACAAAUCUUGCUCAAGAAUUAGAUUCUUUAGGUGAUGAAUUAUUGUCUCUCUCAAUUAAAGAAAAAGCAAAUCAAUUUUCUUAUUUAACUAAAGAGAUUAAUAUAUUUAGAAAAAUUAUGAAAUCUAAGUUGCAACAUUUCCUUUAAAUACAUGAUAACUAAGUAGAUUAAAUAUAUUUAUUAAAAAAAGAAUUAAAUUCAUAUAGAUCUAAAUUAUGUUGCAAGGUAUUUACAAUCUUCAUUAUUAUUGUUUAGUGUUCAGAACCCUUAUUAAAACAUAGUUCCUAAAGUCUAAAUGAAAAAAUACAAAAUUUAUCUUUAUUAAUUGACAAGUAAAUAUUAAAUAUAUUUAUUCUAGAAAAUAAACAGAAUAUAUGCAAUUAAUGAAAUCUUUAGAAGAAGAAAAACAAUAAUAAACAUCUUUACAAAACACAAUUAAAAUAUUGAACUAAUAACAGUUAUAAUUAAGAUAAACAUUGGCUAAAUCAAAGAAAUAAGUUGAAGAUUUACUUAAGUUCUAAGCUUAAUAAGAACAAGAAAAUUAAUCAUUGAAUUAAGCUAUCAUUUCCAACACUUAAAUCAUGUUUUAAUUAAAUAAAAAAUGUUUAGAAUUAGAGAAAUAAUAUUCUAUAAUGAAUUCUGAUAAAACAGAAAUUAUUACCUUAUACAAAUAAUGGAGUUUAUCUAUAUUUAAAUCUUUUUAAAAAGAGUCAUUUGAAAAAUAACAACUUGUUGAUGCAUUAAGUUAAUUGAACACCUUAUUGAAGUUUUUUAUAAAAAAAGGUAAUUAAAGUCUAGAUUCAAAUUAAAUCAAAGACUGUCAAUGCAAGAUUGAAUAAUAUAUUCAAGAUUAUCAUUUAUAAGUUACUUAAUUAGAGCAAUUAUUAGAUCAAUAUAGAAUAAAGUUUCUUAAACCAAAUUUGACCAUGAAUUUUACUAAAGUUGAUGAUAAAUUUUCUAUAUAAUUACCUUUAGAAAAUAUAAUUGAGAAUGAAAUUUAAUAAGCAGAUAUUUUAUAAUUCUAGAAUUAUUAAAUUGAAUAAUAUGUAUAAAUUCUGAUUCAAUAAAAAGAUGAUGAAAUAACAAAAUUAAAGCAAAAAAUAGGUGACAUGCUAAAUCUUGCUUUAGAAUUAGGCAAUUCAGUGUUAAUCGAGUAAAUGCAACUCACAGUAAUGUGA